UUGUUUCUUUUGCAAUUGUAAUACUUCCUAUAAAAUAAACAGACAAAAAUUGCAUUAGUUGAAAUACAUAUAUGUACGGUCACUCACAGAAUCAACGAAUCUCUCACCUUAAAUACAUGGGACAUUAGUUAAAUGAAAUUUCCAUAAUAUGUUGAUAAUGUAUUUGUGCAUUUCUGAUCCGUUUAAGGAAAAACAAGUUCAUCACGGACUGAUGAAAGAAAUAAUUACUUGAAUAAAAAGAUGGAAGCACUUGAGGAUGGUGGCUGUGGCAAUAUAUUGUUAUUAGAUUAUGAAGUUACUUUGUUAACAAAGAUUUAUUGAAGAAAAUGUACAUAAUAUGAAGAACGAUAAGUAAAUAUAGAAUACGUUUUACAACAAUAAAAUACCUUUUUUAUGUGUAUAACAAUCUAAUAAAUUGACCUUAUUUUAUAUAUAUCUUAACCAUAUUUUUUAGAGGCCAGCUCAUUAGCAUAUUAAAUUGAUGGUGUGUGUGUGCGUGUGCGUGUGCGUGUGCGUGGCGUGCGUGCGUGCGUGCGUGCGUGCGUGGUGCGUGGUGUGUGGUGUGUGUGUGUGUGUGUGUGUGUGUGUCUUUCUAUGCAGAAACAGACUAUGUAUUUGACGAAACGGAAAAAGAAUGGAUGCAUUAAGCACAUAAUACUGGAAUAGUGCAAAAAGGUGAACUAUACUAGUGUCAUAUUAACUCUUUUGUGCCUGGCGAUAGAUAUAUGUACCCGUCUUUCAAAAAUUCAUAUCUUCCACAGAAAUAAAGAUAGCGAUUUUUUUCUGGACUUAUUUUAAAGAAUGAAGGAUAGGACGCAUAAAAAAAUCAACACCUUUAUGACUUUCACAAUUUGAUCUUCAUACCUCAUCAAAAAGUGUUAAAAUUGGGAAAAAGUGAAAAAUACAUAUAUCUUCCGCAAAAAUGAAGAUAGCAAGUUCUUUCUAGACUCAUUUUCAAGAUCAACAUGAGAGCUAUAUGAAAAAAAUCGGUACUUAAUUUCACAAUGGUGGAUUCAAGAUGACGGACCAAAGUGCUAAAUUUUGUUGGAUUUAAGUAAAACUCAUUUUUCAAUAACUGAUGAGAAGUACCUAUAAAAACAACUGAUAUUUCAAAUCAGCGACCCCAAAAUCCUUAGAAAAUGAAUUUCAUUCAAAUCUAAGAACAUUUUAUAUCUUGGUCCGCCAUAUUGGAUCCGCUAUUGUGAAUUUUACCAUUUCGACUACAGACUCAUAAUCAGCGACUUUAAAAACUUUUAGUAAGAUGUGAAUUAGAUGCAACUUAUUCCUACGAAAAAAUCAGGCACGAGAGAGUUAAAAGAGUGUCUCAUAAACGUUUUUUUGUGGCAAAUAAACUAUCUAUAAAUCUAUUCAAAAUUCAUAAUAUUCAUAAUAAAUCUAUUCAAUUCUUUUCGUCGCUAAAUCAAUUACUUAGUCUCCUUACCAUUUUUCGUAUAAAGAUACUAAAUUACGAGUUUCUGUUUAUGUAAAAAUAUCAUUCACGGGAAAUUAAGCAAGUUCGCCAAAUUUUAAUGUAAUUUUGAAAGAUUAUUGAUCUUUUAAUAUGUGCUGUAUGCUGCUCGAGGCUCAACAUUUUUCGAGUAAAUCUCUCUAAGUGUAUCAUUCUUUGUUUUUGAUGAUAUUAUGCAUCCUAAAGUAUUUAUCAACUGUAGUUUGAAGAUAAAUACGCAAUCCUGUUCUAGGUUUUAAACCGUGUUUUUGUACAUAUAAUACAUGUUUAAUGGUUCUAAUCUAACACCGGUUCACCUGCAGAAACUAUAAUUUUAUUUUUGUUAGAAAGAGGCAGUUUACCAUAUUUUGGUAUUCUCUUUCCCUUUUAUUGUUAUGUCAAGAAUAAAGUUCUAAAAAAUAUGUAUAAUCGUUGUAUUUCUUCCCAAAUCAUCUAAAAAGUUGUCUAAGUAUACACAAUCGUAAACAAAAUAAAAAUAUUCGUUGACAUGCGUAUAUUGCAUAAUCAAUUAAGCUAAUAUAUUGCAAGAUACUAUUCAGAUUUCAUACAUUCAUCUAUCACAAAUAACUCAACAAAACGUAGUGAUUAAAAAAAUACAUAAAGAUUUCUUCUAGCUAAUUAAUCACUAUAAUUGAGCAAGGUGAUAUUUAUGCAUUUUACUAUUUACAGUUAGUACUACAAUAUCUUAAAUUUUCACUUAAAUUUGCACUUUAAAUCAUUCAUUAGCCAUAAGACAAGAAUAAUUGCCAAUAACAGUUUGAUGGUUGUCCAUACUAUACCAGUAUUCUAUACUUCUGAUGUACGUAUGUAAAAUCGAUGAGCUGCUGUUCCGCUCAACGCACAUGCGAACAUCACGACUGCAUACAACGGACUGAACACCGAGAACUAUAGAGCGUUAGAAAAGGGAACUGCGCUUGCGUGUACUUCCAUCUCCGGCAUCAGUUUACGAAUAUUUUUCGUGGGAAGGAAACACACGUUCAAAUUUCCAUGUGAGAUAAAUUUCUUAAUCAUUGAGCACGGUUCUCGUGCGGAGACAGUAAAUUGUCAUAAAACAGCUGUUACAAUCGCAUGAUGGUAUCAUGCACUAUCUUGCGUUAUCUUUAUGCCAAUUUAAAUAACUUAAACAUUUACCUGGAAGUUGCACACUCGAGGCGAUAGGAAAUUUGUAAAACACUCUGGUGAUUGCCCUACCACCUUCUACCACGUGAGGAAUCGCUAUAUAUUUUCAUUUCGCAGUCAAAUGCGAGGCUUCAAUGACCGCCAAUGAUGGUCUGUAUUAGGAAGCGGUUCUUCAAUUCAAAUCGGCUACUUUUGCUCCCUUUCGGCUUGUGGCCUGGUGAGGAAACAAUAGUCACUCGUUUACAGGCAACAUUGCUUUGCAUUUUUCUGAUAAGCAGCAUUGUAUUUCAGCUCUCAAGACUUUUCAUUGCAGAAUGUAACUUUGACUUUAUUGUCAGAAUAUUCUCUUCCACGUCAACCUAUGUCAUGUUCGCGAGUGUGCCUACCGUAUUUUGGAUUCACAUAAAAACUAUCACAUAUUUAUUCGACCAACUGCAAUACAUCUACGACCGGCUAAAGGAUAGAAACGAAAUUGCUAUCUAUGACAAAUAUGGAUACUUUGCAAAACAUGUUACGACUACAAUAAUAAUACUUCUUGUAUGCUGUCUAUGUGGUAGUUCUGUCAUAACAUAUUCGCCAGUCAUUCUUGAAAUCGUUGUACCGUUGAAAAAUGACUUAUGUGCAAUUCGUACGGUGCAAUUUGCGACCAAGUACUUCAAUGUCUCAGAGAAGUAUUGUGUUUUAGUUUUUGUCCAUUUGACUACAGCCGGUGCUACAGGGUUAAUUGUAUUUAUAGGGACAGGAACCAUGGUGUUUUCGUAUUUGCAGCAUAUCUGCGGUAUGUUUGAAAUUGCCAGCUACCGUAUUGAACAAGCAAUGGCGAUUGAAUUGUUACAUAAUUUUCAUAUAAAAAAUAGAAAUGUGAUAUGCAGGAAGAUGAUAUGUGCCAUAGAUAUACAACGCCAAGCUAUGGAGUUCGCUAAACAUUUGAUAACUAGUAUGGAAGGAACACUUUUCGUUAUGAUAAUAACUGCUGUGCUUUGCAUGACUUGCAAUCUUUAUCGAAUAUUUCAAAUAGAAUCACCUAUGGAAAGGAUGGACGAGGUUUUAAUACACCUUGGGGCUGUACUUUUCAUUCUGAUAAUGCUAUUCCUAUCCAAUUACGUUGGGCAAGAAGUUAUAGAUUAUAGUAAUCACGUAUAUGUAAUUACAUACAACGUUUCAUGGUACUUAGCACCGUUACACAUACAGAAACUGAUACUGUUUCUACUACAAAGGAGCAAUAAAAUUUUCGUUCUGAAUGUCGGUGGAUUAUUUCCAGCAUCUUUAGAAUGUUUCGCAACAGUAAAGCUAUUUCAUUUAUUUUUAGGUAUUGUUGAAGCAAGCAGGUUAUUGAAUUUCACAGGCUAGAAAAAGAUUAAUUUUUCUUUUACUAUACGAAGGAUAUUUAAGUUUUCACAUAAAUGAACUAGCAUACUCGAUCAUAUUAAUAUUAAUAAUUAUAAGAGUGAACGUGACUAUCUGACCAACGAGUCGGCUCACUCAGCAUGAUGCAAAAGAAAGUCAUAUGACUUUUAUGAAAGUAUUGCGCGCGUUACCCUUGUUUUAAUGUAUUUUUACAUCGCUAAUGAAAGCAUACAAAACUUGCUCCAACACAUAUUACAUAUAUUGAGUAUUUAUAUUACACAUAUUGUACGUAUUUCUAUAAUAUAUCACACUUACAACAUUUAUUAUAUAUUUAUAAACUGAUUAUUAUAUGCUUAAAAUACAUUACGUGACUAAUGUGGUUAUAAUUACAUGAAUACAAUACGCGCCAAAAUGAUAGGUACACCUCAAGUUCGAUUAAUUGCUUUGAGACGCGUUGAGAUAUCUUUCUGAAUUUUUAAUAUUAAAGGGUUUUAAAAGGUUACUAAAUAUAAUAACAUUAAAUUACUUAAUACCAACUUUAUUUUAGUAUAAUACUUUUUGCAAAAAUAAUAAUUUUGUAAAUUAGCUAAAAAUGAACGCGCCAAAAUCACAGGUAUACUUAGGAAAAAGUAUGUUUAUUGGCAACAAAUGUACAAAACGUUGACUAAUAACACAGUUCAACAAACAAAAAACACCGGAACGAGACUAGUCGUUUCUUAUAGUUUUUUGGAUGCUGAACACGAAUCCGGUUUCCAAAUUGCUCCAUCACGUCACAAUUUUGAGAAAUUU